ACACCUCUUCUCCUCACCAGAAACAUCCAAAAUGGCUUUCGACAAAUCCGCUAUCAAGACCUCUGCCUACUCCUCGAGAUUCCAAACUCCUUUCCGUAGAAGACAGGAGGGUAAGACCGACUACUACCAAAGAAAGAGAUUGGUGGCCCAGCACAAGGCCAAGUACAGCUCGCCAAAGUACAGAUUGGUGGUUAGAUUCACUAACAGAGACAUCAUUGCCCAAAUCGUGUCUUCCACCAUCACCGGUGACAUUGUCAUGACCGCUGCCUACGCCCACGAGUUGCCCCAAUACGGUAUCAAGUACGGUUUGACUAACUGGUCCGCUGCCUACGCUGUUGGUUUGUUGGUUGCCAGAAGAGCCUUGCAAAAGCUCGGUUUGGAUGAGACCUACACUGGUGUUGAGGAGGUUGAGGGUGAAUACGAGUUGACCGAGGCUGUCGAGGACGCCCCAAGACCAUUCAAGGUUUUCUUGGACAUUGGUUUGCAGAGAACCACCACCGGUGCCAGAAUCUUUGGUGUCUUGAAGGGUGCCUCUGACGGUGGUUUGUACGUCCCUCACUCGGCCAAGAGAUUCCCUGGUUGGGACAUUGAGUCCGAGGAGUUGGACGCCGAGCUCUUGAGAAAGUACAUCUUUGGUGGCCACAUUGCCGAGUAUAUGGAGGAGUUGAUGGACGACGACGAGGAGAAGUACAAGCAAGUUUUCAAGUCGUACAUUAAGGACGAGGUCGACCCAGAGGACGUUGAGGAGAUUUACGCCAACGCCCACGAGAAGAUCAGAGAGGACCCAUCCUUCAAGCCAACCCAAAAGAAGCACACCAAGGAGGAGUACGCUGCUGAGUCCAAGAAGUACAAGGCCACCAAGAUCUCCAGAGAGGAGAGACAGGCCAAGAUCAACGCCAAGAUCGCUGCUUUCAAGGCCGAGAACUAAGUUUCUGCUUGAACUUGUGUAACUUGUCAAACUUUAAUCUUAAUUUUCUUUUCUCGCCUGCCCACAUGUAGUUUCCCUUACCCGUGCCCUUUUGCCGUCAACCGCUGU